CUGUGUGAGUGUGUGUGUUGCCUACAGAAAGGGGAGCUCCGUCUCUCCGCACAGACCGAGAGCCGCAAAUCCACCUCGGAGCAUCAGUGAGCGGGGACAGGAGGAUGCGGGACAGCGGUGUGUAGCGGAUCUACCGGGGCUGUGAAACCAGGACGGUAUGAGUGUGAUAUCUGGAGUGAAGGUUUUUAUUGUCGGCGGUGUUGGAUUUUUUUAUUCACCGAGUGAAUCUGGACGUGAAUCCGCAAUGGAGCGUCGAUUCAGCGCGUGAGAGCUGCUGACCGUCUGUGUGUUUGUGAGCUGAUAUUACAGACAAUAAGGACAGGGAAUUAGCCAUCACAAAUCUUAUUAUUGGUGUUGGUAAUUAAAGGAGUAUGUGUUAUUGGGCACUGUAGCUGUUUUCUUUAUGAUAUGAUCCAGAAGCCAUACUGAAUUUGUUAUUAAUUAUAAAAAUCGAUGGUUACACAAUUCACAGUCAGACAGGAGGCUGAUUAAAAGCAUUAUACAGGUUAUCAGCCUUUUUUAAUUUAAAUUAUUUAAAUCAUUUUUGUUGCUGACAAGAAGAAACAAAAGCCAGUCAUGUCAAAAAACAAGAGCAGUGAGUCAGUGAAGGUGGUAGUUCGAUGUCGUCCCUUGAACCAGAAGGAUGAGUCCAACGGGCCUGCAGGGGGCAUCGUGCAGAUGGACCUGCGGCUCGGACAGGUGAUCCUCAGAAACCCUCGAGCACCUGCCAGCGAGCCCCAGAAAACAUUCACAUUCGAUGCUGUUUAUGAUGCAAACUCCAAACAGAGAGAUCUGUACGAUGAGAGUGUGCGGCCACUGAUAGAUUCGGUUCUGGCAGGGUUUAAUGGCACCAUAUUUGCCUAUGGACAAACCGGAACUGGAAAGACGUACACCAUGCAGGGAGCGUGGUUGGACCCAGAGAGACGGGGUGUGAUCCCCAACGCUUUCGACCACAUCUUCACACACAUCUCCCGAUCGCAGUCUGAUAAGCAGUAUCUGGUGCGGGCGUCCUACCUCGAGAUCUAUCUGGAGGACAUUCGGGAUCUUCUUGAUCCCAAUCACGGCAGCGCCAAGGCCCUGGAGCUCAGGGAGAGUCCAGAGUCUGGGGUGUAUGUGCGUGACCUCACGUCAUGUGUCUGCAAGAGCAUCAAGGAAAUCGAGGAGGUGAUGAACGUUGGCAACCAGGCGAGGGCGGUCGGGGCGACAGACAUGAACGAACACUCGUCCCGGUCGCACGCCCUAUUCCUGAUCACAGUGGAGUGUAGCCAGCCUGGUCCAGAUGGGCGGAAACAUAUCCGUGUCGGCCGCCUCAACCUGGUAGAUCUGGCCGGCAGCGAGCGCCAAGCCAAGACAGGUGUCCAGGGUGAGCGCCUGAAAGAAGCUGCCAAGAUCAACCUUUCCUUGUCAGCACUUGGAAACGUGAUCUCAGCACUGGCCGAUGGGCGCAGCAGCCAUGUGCCAUACCGGGACUCCAAGCUGACCCGUCUGUUGCAGGACUCUUUGGGCGGUAAUGCAAAGACUGUCAUGGUCGCCACUUUAGGCCCAGCCUCCCAACACUACGACGAGACCCUCACCACACUCCGCUAUGCCAACCGGGCCAAGAACAUCCAGAACCAGCCACGAGUCAACGAGGAUCCCAAGGAUGCUCUGCUGCGCGAGUUCCAGAUGGAGAUUGCUCGCCUCAGGGCCCAGCUCCACCACAGGAAGUGGAGGAGCAAACAGAAGAAGGAGCAGGUGGACGGCGAGGGCUGGGAGAGAGACGGGGACGAGGAGACGGAGGGUGAGGAGGAUGAGGGGGCGGAGAAGGAGGCGGAGGACUAUGUGAAGCUGGAGGAGCAGCGGUUGGAGAGGGAGAAACAAGACAUCAGAGAAGAUCAAUUCCUGUUGGCGGAGGAGAAGCAGAGGCUCCUGGGGGAGAAGGAGAGGAUGAUGGGAGAUCUGAGGAAGGAGCAGGAAGCCACCGAGCAACUGACCGCCAAGUACAAGGCGAUGGAGAGCAAGCUUCUGGUUGGUGGAAAGAACAUCAUCGAUCACACCAACGAGCAGCAGAAGAUGCUGGAGAUGAAGAGGCAAGAGAUUGCUGAGCAGACGCGCAGGGAGAGGGAGAUACAGCAGCAGAUGUUGGUCCGAGACGAAGAGACCGUGGAGCUGAGAGAGACAUUCACUUCUCUGCAGCAGGAGGUGGAGGCCAAGACCAAGAAGCUCAAAAAGCUGUAUGCCAAGCUUCAGUGCAUCAAAGCGGAGAUCCAGGACGUGAACGACGAGCACGUGAGGAGCCGACAGGAGCUGGAACAAACUCAGAACGAGCUCACCAGAGAGCUCAAGUUCAAGUAUCUGAUCAUAGAGAACUUCAUCCCUCCAGAGGAGAAGAAUAAGAUCAUGAACAGACUGACCUUUGACCCCGAGGAGGAUCAGUGGAAGUUUCAGCCUCUUGUUCCAGCUGAAAGUAAAUCCUCACAGAUGAAGAAAAGGCCGGCAUCUGCAGUCGGAUACAAACGACCAAUCAGCCAGUACGCCAGGGUUGCCAUAGCGAUGGGACCUCACUCCAGAUACAGGGCUGAGAACAUCAUGUUCCUGGAGCUCGACAUGACCCCUCCAAACACCGCCUCACUGGAUCGAUCAGCGGAGUCGGAGCCGAACCAAAGUCACUCUGUGGACAACUCGCCCACCAAGGACAGAGGUGUCCGCAAGUCUCGAUCCUGGUGCCAGACCCCAAAAUCCAUCACCUCCUCUUCUUCUAAUGUUUCCCUGGCAGCGUGUCACACUGCCACACCCAUGACGGCGCAGUAAAGCUUUAGUCAAGAGGAGUUUUUUAAUUGUUAUUUAUUUUAUUCCUCUGCUUCCUCUUUGUUUUUUUCUCUCUUUACGUUUUGGCCAGUGAUCCUCUGAAAGACUUCCACAGCUGGGACACAAACACACACCUCCACCUGUGCUAAAUCCAGACAGGUGACAGACUACAUUAAAGAGAAACGAGGAGGUGAUGUUCAGGACAGGAAACUAAAUGACCUGAUGAACCUCAGAAACUCUGUAAAACACCACUUCCUCCUGUUCUGCGGAUGUAAAGACCCACCAGGACCCUUUCUUCCUUUGCAUGUUUGAACCUCGAAUCAUCCUUUUAAGGCUCUGUGUGUGUGUGUGUGUGUGUGUGUGUGUGUGUACAGGGCUGUAUGAUUGCCUGUUUGUGUGUCUAAUACAGAUCUGAAAGCUCACAAACUGCUUGAAUCCCCUGUAAGAUAUCAGUGUACAUAUUUCAUGUAUUGGUGGGGGGCGGGGCUUCAGGGGCAGGUUUGGUCUGUAUUCUGUGUAAAAGUGGAGACCGUCGGAUAAGAAAUGAACGAAGUCAGUAGAAAGUAUUGAUGUAACAUAUGAUGUGUUGUGUUGUUGGUCAGAUGAGGUGCUCUGAAACCUAAAUGAUGACCUUUAUUACACCUGUUGUCUCAUUAUUCCUCCACCGUGUCUGAUUUAAAAAGCAAAACUUUAAUUAUCUCAUUAAAAUGAAAAAACAAUGAGAUGUAUCACACUUCAAAAAAUUAUUUUACCAGAAUUUUAUAUUGGUAAACAUACAUGGGUAUUAAAAUCAGGAAUCGUGACACCACAGCUCUGUCAGAUCAGUGUCCAGUUGUUAAAUAAUGGUAAAAACAUUACUUAAAUGAGAGGAAAAACAUGAGUUUGACCAAAAAUAAAUCUUUUUCUGGAGCUGGGUGGAAAUUAGAUUAUGUCCAUCCAAUGCAGGACACCAUAAUGUUGUUAAAACCUCAGAGAUAAUGUAAUAAGUGUAAUAAGUAAUAUGUUUUUUUGGCCAAAUCAGGACUAAUUCUGUACCCUACGUUACCACGUAACUCACCAGUGCAACUCGACCAUGGCAUGACUGACUACAAAACACUUGAACAUAAAGGAUAUUUUUUUCUCUUGUAUGUGUGACCACUACCCAGAAUUUAAGAAGCAAUGGACUAAGUGGAAAAAAUUAGUCUCAUUUUGUUUUAUGGUGUGCUGGCCCUCAGGACAUCUUGUCAUGCAUUUUCCAUUCAAAGAGGAAGUUCUCUUUGUGCCCUCAGAUUGAGACGGAGGACCAAACAAACCCUGGUCUCUCCUCUGAUUGGGAACCAGCUAAACAACUGUUGAAUCAGCAAACAGAAACACUUUGUCUUAAUGAUGAUGACACUUAUUUAAGUGUUUUACUUAAAAAACUUAGUCACACACUCAAAGAUACCUGAAGUUUAAUUAAAGGCAUACUUCACCCACAAUUUGAUCUUUUGUGUAUCAAUUACUCCGGUAAACGAAUAAUCCAAAAACAGCAAACUUUCUUGAUGAAUUGGAGUAAAGCAGGGUUUAUACUUGUGCAUCAGCUCUAUAUAGAGCCUACGCCCUAGCCUAUGCACGUGGCCUACUCUGUUGUGAGCAUCUAAACUUGUGCUGUGGUGUGUCUGUGUCGUGCUGCAGUUACACCUCCAAAACACUAGUCGGUGUCAGGGUUUCUGUGAAGUGCUGAUAAGUUAAUUCAAAACACACCUUAAACACACAUUAAACGGCUUAAGAUAGACAAUUUCAAACACAAGUACACAAAUCAGCUUCACCAUAACUCGCAGCAUUCACAGACAAAGCACUUGUGUUAAUCCGGACACAUUUUCCCCACAAAUACAACACGCUAAUGUUAUUAGCACAAGCCUAUGGCAUUUUACAUUGUAGAAACUAGCUUAGGGGCUAGAGGACUUUUCCUCUACUCAUAUGAAGCCAGGGACAACAGCAACAUUAAACAAAGGUAACGUUACAAAAUUCGGCUCCAUUACAACUCACAAGGUUCACUGACAAAACAACUGUCUUAUGCUAAACAUGCUUUCCAAACAAAUACCACAUGCUUACGUUAUUAGCACAAGCCUAUGGCAUUUUACAUUCUAUAAAUUAGCCUAGCGGUGAUUCCCUCUACUCAUAUGAAGCCAGGAUAAAUCACACACAAGACUUAAAAUUCUAUUUUAGUGGAGGCUUUACUGUCUUCACAAUUUAUUGUUUCUUACCUGUGAUAAUAAAGUAAAAAAGCUUCAUUUCCACUGAGGGAAAUGGUGUCAGCUCACAGAAAAAGUCAGGAGGUCUGUGUCGCUGUGAUGUGUAGUUACAUUUCUGGGGAGGUGCACAUCAGGCUAUGGCGUAGGGUACUGAGUAUGCUCAACAUCAACGCAGAGCCUCCACCGUAUGUGCAGCGUUGAUUUAAUGCAGAAGUAUAAAUCCCGCUAAAGACGGGACUACCAUUAACCACAGCAAAAUCAAAAACAUCCCUUUACAAACUCCGACACAACUUGUACAAUACAAUCCAAGUCUCAUUUAUCCAGUUGUGUUUUAAUAUAGUUUUGCUGCAGUUUUUCUCUGUUUUUGGGUUCCCCAUUCACCGUGGAGGCGUGCAAGAAAAACAAAUUUUCUAAAUGAAUUCAGCGUAAUACUCAGUGAGUAAUGGAUUUACAAAUUGUCAUUUUGUGGCUGAAGUAUUCCUUUAAUGAAAAAAAAAUGCUUCAAUCAUUCACUCACCUAAUAUUAGACUAAUACACGUGUGAUGAUAAUGAAGACUAGAGCUUGAGCAUACAGUACAGUAAGUACUGAACAUACACAGUAAAACACACCUGCUUAAAGGUCGACUGUUGAAGUUGAAGUGUACCUCAGUGACUUGUUUAGACAGCAGCCUGCAGUCAGGUGUGUACAGUUUAGUGUCACUGGGUUCUUUUACUUGCUAGAGGUUAAGAGCAGCAGACAGUGGGGGUCAGGCUGACUAAUUAUCACUGUAUUAUUCAUGCCACAGAUCCAGUUGCAGCUGAACCCCCCUGAUAGAUGGAGGAGAGCGCAGAGCAGCCCUUUAUCAGUGUAUAAAACAACAUUUAUUACCAAUGUUCAGCAGAUCUGUUUUGUUUUUAACCAUUUUUUUACGUGACUUUUACUCCCAUUGUGUACAAAAUGUUUCAUGACCCAAACAUGAACCAUAUCAUUGGUAAUAUCUGAUUAUGUCUCAGAAAUGUGCUUGUGGAAGUUAACUGAGAUGUCAGUCCUGGAUUAUUUAAGGGAUGCAACAGUUUUGGAGACCAAAAUGACAUCUUCAAAUUGCUUUUUUUUUGUCCUCAAAACUGCAAAUCCUCACAUUUGGGAAGAUAGAGCCAGAAAAUAUUUGACAUUUUGUUGUAAAGGAGAGGUUCUUUUUCACACUCAUUCUCAGCAAACACUGAAGCCUACUCAGAAAUAUAAACGCAAUGAGAGGGGAAAGGGUUAAAAUGUGGCAAUAAUUACAGUCAGAUGCUGAAUUCAGUGAAUUUUAAAUCUGUGUUAACCCACUUCCUUCCCCGUCUCAGCCGUUUACAGAUGCACACUGACGAUUGUGUGUUUAGUCAUCGCUUUCUGGGUCCAUAAUUGCCCCAGUUUGUUAUUAAAAAAAAAUGACUCGAAAUGCUCUGAGGCUUAAUGAAAUCAUGUCUAGUCAAGUGAAGUGAAGUACAUGCAACUGUACCAUUAGUAAAUUAAAUUUGAUAUUCAGCCCAAAUAGAAAAGAUAUUGUAUAUUUAUUUGGAAAUAAGAGCGUCAAUCAGGCUACAUUUCAUGGUGCUGUUAAUCAGAAAAAGACCUUAGAAUAUUAAUUAUUCAAGCAAAUGUAUGUCUACAAUGCCAUAAAGAGUUUUGUCUGCUGUAUUCUGAUAUUUUUCCCUGCGUAAUGCAGCGUUACACAUCUGUACUGCCUCAAACUAUCAAUGAAUUAUGAUCUAAAAUGGUAGGGCAGACAGUGAUGCAAGGACGAACCUGAUUUGGUUAAAUUACUUAGAAUAACAGCCUCUAAACGUUGCUCAUUUAUUCACAUUUUGUCAUAUUAGUCAGUAAAAUCAUCCAUGUACUCUCUCAUUUGUGUCAGGGCUGUAAAAUAUUGUAUAAAUGUGUGUGCGUGAGGGCUGUGGGGGCGG